AUGAAAUCCAAGAUUUUGCUUUGGAUCAACAAGAUAGAUGGCCGCUUUCGGGAAAUGGUUUUACUGGUGAAGGAAUGGGCCAAAGCACAUAAAAUCAAUAACUCUAAAGCUGGAACUUUCAAUUCCUAUUCCCUGAGUUUACUUGUCAUAUUUCAUUUUCAGACAUGUGUUCCUGCAAUUUUACCACCACUCAAAUAUAUAUACCCUGGAAAUAUGGUUGAUGAUCUUAAAGGCGUUAAAGCUGAUGCAGAGAAUCUCAUAGCAGAAACAUGUGAGGCUAGUAUAAACCGGCACAUUGCAAACAAUGCAAGGUCAAUUAACACCAAAUCUGUGACUGAACUUUUUGUUGAAUUCUUAAGAAAGUAUGCUCGGAUGGAUUCAUGGGCCUCGGAGUUGGGAAUUUCCCCUUAUACUGGACAAUGGGAGCAGAUAGAGAACAACACGAUUUGGUUACCCAAGACUUACUCUAUAUUUGUAGAGGAUCCCUUUGAGCAGCCACAAAAUACUGCAAGAUCUGUCACUGCAGGACAACUGAAGAAGAUAACCGAGGCAUUUUCCACAACAUACUCCUUGCUUACCACAAACAAUCAUAAUCUAAAUUCACUUUUGACCAUUUUAGCACCACCACAUGUAGUACAAUCUAUCACAACUCCUAUCAGAAAUUACAAUGGAAGUCACUUUCACCCAACUCAGCCGAUAGUGCAGAGAGUCAUACGCCCGCGACUGCAGUUACAACGUCAUUUUCAGUAUUCCGGUCCAGGAACAAGCUCCAACAGUUCAUCUUCAAAUGGAGAUACACAGAUGCCUAGAGGAAGAAGCUUUAACAUUCCAUCUUCAAAUGGGCUUAUACAAAUGCCUAGAGGAACAAGCAUCAGCAGUUCAUCUUCAUAUGGGAAUAUACAGAUGCCUAGAGGAACAAGCAUCAGCAGUUCUUCAUAUGGGAAUAUACAGAUGCCUAGCGGAACAAGCAUCAGCAGUUCAUCUUCAUAUGGGAAUAUACAGAUGCCUAUCGGAACUAUGAUGCCUAGAGGGACAAACUCAAACAGUUCAUCUUCAAAUGGGCAUGUACCGGUGCAUAAAGGCCAGCAGAUAUGGAGGCCAAAGAGUGGGUUCAGUAAAAAAUGUCUUUUUAUAUUAAUUGCUGAGCUGAGCAUACCAAACCUCAAUAGCCUUGACCAUAUGAAGAAAAUGUGGUCGCGACUUGGUCAGUACCCUCUUUCGGAUGGUAAGGUCAAAAAACUCAAGAUGACGACUUGUGCGUGCUGUCCAUUUGACGAGGAUUGA